CUGCCUCUGCCUCCCAAGUGCUAGGGUCAAAUGUGUGUGCCACCGUCUCCCAACUUCAAUAUCAUGAGUUCUUCUUCUCUUCCCAAGUGCUCUGUUCUGUGUCUUUUCUUUGAUGUUUGAGGUUUUAAAUUUUAUUUAAAAAAAUAGCAAAAAUUAAAUGUAUACCUAGAUAAUAAAUGUAUGGUUCUAUGUCUUUAUGUUUGUUUUGAGACAGAGUUUCACUAUGUAGCCCUGACUGGCUUAGAACUCGCUAUGUAGACCAGGCUGGCCUUUGGCUCAUGAUCCUCCAACCUCACUCUACAGAGUGCUGGGAUUACAGUAUGUGACAUCACAUCCAGCUUCUGUUGAUUAUGUUUUUUAAAAAAUACUGUUUACUGGCCAAAUGUGGUAGCACGUGACUUUAAUCCCAGCCCUUGGGAGGCAGAGGCAGGCAUCUGGAUCUCUGUGAGUUCGAGGCCAGGUGGAUCCAUGUAAUAAGUUCCAGAGCAGACAAGGUUACUUAGUAAGACCCUGCCUCAAAAGACUGAAAAGAAAAAUAGUUUUCACUUAUUUAGUGUGUAUGUUUGUGUGUGGGUGUGCACGUGAAGGUCAGAGGACAACUUGUGGUAGUUGGUUCUUUCCUUCCAGCAUGUGGGUUCUGGGGAUCAGAUUUAGGUUGUUAGGCUUGGGAGUAGGUAUUGUACCUGGCUAGCUGUUGACUUUUUUUUUUAAUUAUGUAUACAGUGUUCUGUCUGCUUGUAUCCUGCCUGCCAGAAGAGGGCACCAGAUCUCAUUAUAGAUAGUUGCCGAGAACUGAACUCAGGACUCCUGGAAGAACAGCCAGUGCUGUUGAGGUCUGAGCCAUUUCUCCAGCCCCUCUGUUGACUUCUUGAACCAACACCGUGUCAGAAAGCAGAGUCUGUGGUUCCAUUGCUGCCCCGUGGAGCUGAAGGAGCUUGAGUGGCGUGUGGGAGUUGGAAGGAAGGCGCUCAGCACUUCCUUUCACAAGGUACCACGGGAGGCCCCUGUUCUGCGUCCUCAGUAUGUGUAGCAGAUGCUUCCUUCAUCCUGAGAAUGGAGCAAGAUCUGAGAAACGGGUCACACACCCCGACCUGUUGUGGCAUGUAGUCCAGCGGGAAGGCCUGUAGUUUCGGGAGGAUCGUGUAACACUGGGGACUUCCUUGUUCCCAUCAAAGUCUUCAUUAUCUGCUGAUGAAAGUCUAUGAACUGAACGUGGAUGGUGUCUCUGCAUGGCCAUCAUAUGCAUUUGGAGGACACAACCUAGAUCUCCAUAAACAUGGUACAAAUGACGGUUGAUGAUAUGGUCCUUAAGGUUGUGUUCCUGCUGCAGGUGGGCACAGGCCUUCUGGCAAACACUUACCUGCUCUUCAUGCAUAGCUCCGUCCUUUUCACAGAGCACAAGCCAAAGCCUACAGACCUCAUUCUGUCUAAUGUGGCCAUGGCCAAUUCCUUUGUUCUUCUCUCCAAGGGAACACAGCAAAUUAUGGAAGAUAUGGGACUUGUGCAUGCCCUGGAAGGUUCUGGGUGUCAAGUCUUCUUUUACUUCCAUAGGGUGUCUCGAGAACUUUCGCUCUGUACCACCAGUUUGCUGAGUGGCUUUCAGGCAGUCACAAUCAGCCCUAGGCAUGGGGUGUGGACAAGGCUCAGACGCUGGGUCUCUAGGCAUGUUGGCUGCUCCUGCCUCUUCUGCUGGACUUUCAAUCUAACUAUCAGCACCAUCUCUCCCAUUGAGAUAAAAGUUUUCUGGGAUAAUAGUAGUGAUUCCUCAAUUGGGAAUGGCAUCGCUUGCCAAUAUGUGGUUGCCAUGACUGGAUUGUAUGCAAUCCCAUUAUCCAUUCUGGGUGCCCUGUUGAUGACACUUAUGGUGGUAGCCAGCAUGCACAUGGUGUGUCUCCUACACAGACACCACCACAGGGUCCAACAUAUUCGAAGUUGCAGCCUCAGCCUCACCUCCAGGAUCUCUCCAGAGAUGAGGGCCACUCACAGUAUCCUGCUCUUGGUAGCUGGCUUUAUCCCCUUUUACUUCCUCAAUUCAAUCUACAUAUUUUAUGGUAUGAAAUCAUUUAGCUCCUACUUGUGGCUGCAACACUUCCUGAAGUUUCUUGCUACGUGUUUUCCCUCCCUGAGUCCCUUGGUGCUGAUUUUCCGGAACCCUAGAACUCUGAGCUCCUGCUUUUAGAUUCUGGGAAUGUCCAGCCUAAUUGCUGAUCCAUGGAUGAACAUCCGUCACCUCUCACAAGUCUUAAAGGCAUGUGCCACCACUGCCUGGCUUCUUCACAGUCUUUUGUAAGAACCCAUAAGUUCAUGUUUUUUUUUUUUUAAGAUUUAUUUAUUUAUUAUGUAUACAGCAUAUAUAACUGCAGGCCAGAAGAGGGCACCAGAUCUCAUUACAGAUGGUUGUGAGCCACCAUGUGGUUGCUGGGAAUUGAACUCAGGACCUCUGGUAAAGCAGUCAGUUUGCUGUGGAGGACCUGGAAGGCUUGUCAAGAGAGGCACCCUUAAACCAAGACACGAGGACAAACACCACUACUUUUAAACCCAUGAUGCUUGGAGGAACAAUAGUUCAGUGUCUUUUAAAAUUUUAUUUUUAUGUCAUGGUUUAAAAAUUCUUAUUGCUUGACAGAUGAAUGUGUUUAUAUAGUAAAUUUCAGGCCUUGUGUGGAAGCACACGCCUUUAAUCCCAGCACUCAGGAACC